UUUUUUCAUUUUCAAAUCACUACUAUGACAACUGUCACCGUCACUUCACAACUAUAUAAACCCACAAUUUCAAAAUCUUUUCAAACAAAAACAAUUUCCGAUCACCCAAACCCUAACAUUCUUCAUUCUUGAUCUUCAACAAUCAAAACCCACAUCUCAAUCUCAUCCAAAUCACCUCAAAUCAUUCAACAAUGUGGAUAAACAAAGACCCACCCAGAGGUUUCCCAUUCUCCACCCCUCAGCCCGAAAAGAACCGGACUUAUUCAUCGCCGCCGUACGCCCACCGCCCACGGCCGCCACCGGUGACCGAGAAGAAGUGGACGGCCGCACUGUCUAACCCCAGUAAUCAUUUGUUUCACAUUAUUCACAAGGUUCCUGCUGGUGAUUCUCCCUAUGUUCGAGCCAAACAUGUUCAGUUAGUAGAAAACAAUCCUACGAAAGCUGUCUCGCUGUUCUGGGCAGCAAUAAACUCGGGUGAUCGGAUCGAUAGCGCGCUGAAAGAUAUGGCUGUGGUUAUGAAACAACUGAACAGAUCCGAUGAAGCGAUUGAAGCCAUCAAAUCUUUCCGAUACCUUUGUGAGUGGGAAUCACAAGAAUCCUUAGACAAUAUCCUCCUCGAAUUGUUCAAGAGGUCGGGGCGGAUUGACGAGCAGAUUGAACUACUUCAAUCGAAAAUUGCUUAUAUGGAGGAGAACACUUUGAUAGAUGGAAACCAUACAAAGAUUGCAAGAUCACAAGGGAAGAAAAUUCAAAUUACGGUUCUACAAGAGUACUCGCGGUUAUUAGGGAAUUUGGCAUGGGCUUAUUUGCAGCAAGAUCAUUAUAAAGUGGCUGAAGAGACGUAUAGAAAGGCGCUUUCGUUGGAACCAGAUAAGAAUAAGAGGUGCAAUCUUGCGAUUUGUUUAAUGUACAUGAACAAAAUGGCGGAAGCGAAGGUUUUAUUGAGUACGGUCAAAGAGUCAAAGAGGGUACGCGACACAGAUGAAGAAUCGUACGCAAAGUCUUACGAGCGUGCAAUGCUAGUGAUGGAUGAACUCGAAAAGCGGGACAAGUGUCAACCCGGGAAUGAAUUAUCUUUCUCGUCCUUUCUUACCCGAAACAAAGAAACUGAUACCUUUGAUACAUCAUCUAAACAACGCUGUGAUUCAGAUCCUGGAUAUAAAAAGUCAACUGUUUCGCCAUCUCCGGUCAAUGGCACGCCACGGGUACCGUUCACGCAGCCUAGAAGACGAGAAUGGGAGAGAAUGGAUACGGGUGUACGGUGUCUUAAGAAGUUAAGUUUCGAUAAACCUGCAGAAGGUAAGAUGGAACCACCAGGGAGGUGUAGUGAAAUGUCGGUAAUACCCUUGCGUGAAGAAAUAAAGAAGAAGAAAAGUUGGGCUGAUAUGGUGGAAGAAGAUGAGCGGACUAUGCUUGAAUCCGGUGAGAGGAGUUGUUACGGUGAUGAAAAUGUGGAUUGCAACCUGAUGAAUGGAGAAAGUGGAUCUUUUAGAGUGCAGGAUGGAUAUCAAUCUCAACCGGGGACUGCCACGUGUAACAGAACGGUGAAGCGAUCUUUGACUUUUGGCAGAAGUCAAAAUGAUGUUGAAGGUUGAAAUUACUCGAGUCCUUUGCAUGUAUAGGUUGUGUUUGGUGAUGAAUAUUAAUACUACUGGUGUUGUCUUUUGCCUGUAUAGGUUGUAUCUGUCUGGUAAUGAAGACUAGAAUUACUUGUGUCAUUUGACUGUAUAGGUUGUAUAUGUUUGACUGUUUGGUAUUGAAGAUUAAAACUACAUGUGUCAUUUGCCUGUAUAGGUUGUAUGUGUUUUGGCUGUUUGGUAAUGAAGAUUGGUACUGCUUGUGUCC